UUGUUUAUUGUAUGAUCAACGUUUAUUUUGUCGAGAUCAUGAUUUACUUUCGAAUAAUGUAUCAUCGUGCACCCAAGGCACUACAUGGUAUUUCUCAGCAUUAAAAGAUAGUAAUACUACUACAGAUGAUUUGUUGAAGUGGCGUAUUCCAUUUGAAACUAUUGAGCGUUAUGCAGAUUAUUUAGCUAACAACUCAGCCAACAGUUUUAUUUGUAAUUGUACUCAUGAUCGAAUCGGUGCAACAUGUCAAUAUCUUCUUCCUAUUAAUCUGUCAACUAUCGCUGUGCUAUCGAAAGAUCAGUUACGUGAUCUUGCUGCUCGUGAAGUAGCACUUCAUACAUGCUUAGUUGAUAUGAUCACGUGUAACACAGGUUUAUUAUGCUUGGAAUGGCGACAAGUUUGUGAUGGCAUAGUACAAUGUGAGAACGGAGCUGAUGAAGUCGGAUGUUAUGAAUUUGAACUACAAAAUUGUUCAUCGGAUGAAUUUCAAUGUCGUAAUUCAAUGUGUAUACCAAAUGAGUUUCUAUUUGAUGGUACGAUUGAUUGUAUGGAUUCAAGUGAUGAGCAAGAAGUAGAUAGAAUACACAAAUUUUUUGAAUCAUGCCCAUCGACAUCAGUUUGGGAAUGUGAAGAGCGUUUAUGUCGAAAAGAUGAAUUUAGUUGUGGAGAUGAUCAAAUUUAA